AUGGGGGAACGAUUAAACCUUUUAUCAGAAUUAUCAAAUGAUAUUGGACGACUUCUUUCUAGCGGAGAUCGUUUUGAUGUAAUUAUUAAAGCUGGAGAAGGUCAAAAUACGAAAAAAUUCUUUGCGCAUGCAUUAAUUCUAAGAGAGCGGUCGAUAUACUUUAAGACCGCAUUGUCAGAGCAAUGGGCGCAAAAAGAAAAUGGAAUAACUACUAAUGGUAAAGAACAAAGUUAUGCAGUAAGUUAUGAUAAAAGCAGUGGACCGGCUUUUGGUCGUGGAUGGGAUUUGAAGAUCACAAAUAAUAAAAUCAUUAGAAAUAGUUCUUGCAAAACAUAUCCCAACAUGAGCUUGGCUUUAUAUCAUAAAGAUAAUAUUUUAGAUGAUUAUGAAGUGUUUCAG